CCUUAAUUUUUAUUUAUUUUUUAAUUUAUCCAAAACAUUGCUUACCAAGUGUGAACUAGAAGAAAAACCCAUAAAUUCUCUCAUGACUACCAGGCGUCAUUGCCUGAAGCCUCCACAUGGGAAUCCUCCCUUUGAGUUCCUUCGAAGAUAUGGCAAUGGCAUGUCAUAUUUACGGUAAUAGCAUACAAGAAAUGAGUGCGAGAGAAAUAAUAAAGGAGGGGAGAGAGGAAACCCAUCUCUUUCAUGGAAUUUGGGAAAUAGGUUUUUCCCAGAAAAACCUGUUGUCUGAAAAGACUGAAAUGGUGAAGUUUGGCAGUUAAAAGUUGGCAUUUUUAUCAGAAAAUGUAAUCAAAACAACUGCUACAGUGGAGUAAAAGAGGUAAAAAAAAGGGAGACAUGUAAGAGAGAGAAAAGACAAGACAUCCUGAGUUGAUGGGUUUUGACAAUUGGGUGUGUCCCAAUAUUUUAUUGUUAGUUGUCGUCUCGCAUUUCUUGCCCAAAACAGUGAAGACUUAUGAAAGACUAGGACUUUUCAGGGUCACCUUCUUCAAUCAAAGAGAGGACCCCCUUCCCUUCCUAACCCCCUUUUUUUGUCUUCCCCGUUCAUGGAUCCCAAGAACCCCAAAAACCCACAUGAAAUCCCGGGUUUCUUGACCCAACAACCGAAGCAGCAUGAACAGAACAACAUGGGAGAGAACAAACCAGCAGAAGUCAAGGAUUUCCAGAUUGUGAUUGCAGACAAAGAAGAGAGCAAGAAGCAGCUGGCACCAAAGAGGACCUCAAACAAAGACAGACACACAAAAGUUGAAGGUAGAGGAAGGAGGAUAAGGAUGCCUGCGCUUUGUGCUGCUAGGAUUUUUCAAUUGACGAGGGAAUUGGGUCAUAAAUCUGACGGGGAAACCAUACAGUGGCUGCUACAGCAAGCUGAACCAUCGAUCAUUGCAGCAACAGGUACUGGGACAAUUCCAGCCUCUGCUUUGGCGGCUGCUGGUGGUGCUGUUUCCCAGCAAGGGGCCUCUCUUUCAGCAGGACUUCACCAUCAAAAGCUCGAUGAAUUGGGUGGGUCCAGCAGUGGUAGGACAAGUUGGGGAUUGGUAGGAGCCAAUUUGGGGAGGCCCCAUCAUAUGGGAACUCCUCCAGGGUUAUGGCCCCAAGUGGGUGCUGGUGGUGCCUUUGGAUUUGGGUCGCCACCUACGACAACAUCUUCUUCUGGUCCAUCAACAACAAAUUUAGGGAGUGAAAGCACAAAUUAUAUGCAAAAAAUUGGGUUUACUGGCUUUGAAUUGCCAGGUGCUAAUAUGGGUCCUAUGAGUUUUAGCUCAAUUUUGGGUAGUAAUCAGCAGUUGCCUGGACUGGAGCUUGGGUUGUCACAUGAUGGGCAUAUUGGGGUUCUGAACCCACAUGCUUUGAGCCAGAUUUAUCAGCAGAUGGGACAGGCUACAAUGCACCAGCAACAUCAGCACCAACAGCAACACCAGCACCAGCAGCAACAAGGUUCAGCUAAGGAUGAUUCUCAAGGAUCAGGACAGUAGGCUUAAAGCAGUCCUUUACACUGUUUCGAGAAAAAGGCCGAGUCUUGCUUGUAAUGGAUUUCUGUAUUGUGUAAUUGGAAGAAGAAAAGAAACAGAGAAAAAAGAGAUACAAGAGAGAUUUUUUAUAGGACUUGGAUUUUGGUUUUGCCUCUUCCUUCUUCUUCACCACUUGCUGUCAUCAGCCAAACCUCCAUGUUCAGGUGGAAUUGCUGCACAGACAAAUAGCUUUGAGAUUGGACUUAACUUCUUGUUUAAUUCAGAAGUGUGUGUAUUAUAGGGUAAGGCAUCUUUUAAUUAUUUUGUUCCUUUUCUUUUGGGUCUGCUUGGGGUGAUGAUCAGUUUGUUUGUGAGAUUAAACAUAGAAAAUCCAUACUUGUUUCAAUCUCUUAGAUGUAGUGAAGAUUCUUGUUCACCAAUCUUACAUGUUUUGCUGAGGUUCUAUUCAAUUUGUCUUGUCCUUUACUUGUACAUAGUGCAUUAGUGCUUGAUGUCUCUAUAUGCAGCAUGUUCUCUAGGUCUAAUCCCAUCUUAAAGAGAAAAAAUGGCUUCUUUGUUUC